GCAUGAAAAAAAAAGAUAGUAACGAUUAUAGAGCAAAUUCUAUUAAACAAGCAGUAGAUGCGAUUAGCAGAUUUUUACUUUAUAAUUCACCAAUUCGAGUUAAUUUACAUGAUCGAUAUUUAUUUCCGGAUUUGUAUACUGUUUUACAUGGAAAAAUGCGUGAUCUUCAAGAACAUAGAUUUGGUGAAAUCAAGAGAUCAAUUGCUUUAAAUUCACAACAAAUUCAAGAAAUUUUACAACACUCUAGAAUUGAUCAUAGCAAUCCAGUAAAUCUAUUAUAUCGUAUUUUUAUAUGUUUAUCAAUUCUUCUUGCGAUGCGUGGUGGUGAAUACUAUCAACUUAAGGUUGAUCAGUUUAAAAUCGAUAAGCAUGGUGGUUUACAAUUUUUCCGUUAUACAUCUAAAAAUAAUCAACGUGGACUUCAAAAAGGUCAAGCACAAGUUAUUUCAAUUCCUUUGGAUACUGUUGGACCAUGUGAUGAUAUAAAAUUCUAUUUGUCAAAACGACCUUCUGUAGCUGAUUCAAAAUUUUAUUUGCAACCAAGUUCUGACUGGAUGGAAUCAG